AUGUACGCCGGCGAGGUGGUCAUAUCGAGCACCGUGGCUGUUGAGGUACCGGCUUUCUCUGUCGCUGUCAUGAACCAAGUAGGAUGUGAUCCUGCCCAGGGUACUGUUGGAACAUCUCUGAUCGUGGUUGCAUCAUCUGUGUUCAUUAUGAAAUGCGUGCUAGUUAUCCCAGCAAUAAUGAAGAUCACCAGUUCUAUAAUGUGA